AUGGCCUCACUCACCAGCUACAUCGACUUGAGCCAGCCAAGCUUCUGGAGUGAGUGAGAGAAAGAAAGAGAGCUGCACACGAAGCAGAGCCUCCCGCUAACGAUCUGUGCAGUUGCCGCGGGAUCCAUCAUCUUCAACCCGACCUUCUGGAACAUUGCCGCCAGGACCGAAUACAAGUACAAGACGAUCACGAAGCUCGCCGGCGGGAAUCCGUACUACGGCUGCUACGCGCUCGCCGUCACCAUCUUCUCCAUCGGCCUCAUCCGGGAUGCCCUGUUCGAGCGCGCCCUCCGCGCGCAGCCCUCGCAUCCCAUGCUGCUGGGCUUCGUGCCCCAGGCACUCGCCGUGGGCCUGGUGGCCAGCGGCAACGUCCUCGUCCUCAGCAGUAUGUGGGCGCUCGGCGUCACGGGCACGUACCUGGGCGAUUACUUUGGCAUCCUCAUGGACCACAUGGUGACGGGGUUCCCCUUCAACGUCACCGGCUCGCCCAUGUACUACGGCAGCUUCAUGAGCUUUCUGGGCACGUCGUUCUGGUACGGCAAGCCGGCGGGCUUUGUGCUCAGCGGACUGGUCUUGCUGGUCUACCAGAUUGCGCUCGGCUUCGAGGACCCGUUCACGUCGGAGAUCUACGCGAGGAGAGAGCGGGAGCAGAAGGCGGGCAAGAAGUCAAAGUAG